CUCUCUAACUUCAUUAAAUAAUACUAAUGAACAUUAUAAAGAAGAAAAUCAAAAGCUAAAUUUGGAUUUUAAUAUUGAAAUAUUAUCUUUUGUUAAUUAUAUUUUAGAACAAGAUGAAUCACAAAAAGAAAAUAUAGAUUCUAAAAUUAAGUUAGCAUAUAAUAUUUCUUAUUUUAGAAUAUGA